UCUCUCUCUCUCUCUCUCUCCCACUCUCUCUCUCUAAAAACGUCCAAGAAUUGUUCAAGAACGCAUGAGAAUUCAAAGUUUCAAACCCCCAUUUAAACCCUACUUUCUUUGAGAUUCAAUCUUUAUUGAGCUAGGGUUUUUUUCGUGCGAUCAUCACAUCGUGUUAAAAGUUCAGUUCUUGAAAGAAUUUGAGUUUCUGGGUUACAUUUCAAGCUGAAACAAUGUCGACCAAGAAUCGCCGAUCAACUGGUUCGUCGUCGUUGCAAUCGUCUUCCUCUUUGGCAAAGAGGCAUGCCUCGUCGUCGUCGGAGAAUCUUGGAAAGGUCACGGCGGCGCCACCGCGCAUGGCGAAGAAGAGACCGCCUCUGGCGAAUGUGACCAAUCAGAGGGAGGGUUCUCAGAAUGGUUCGCGAAACUCGGGUUUUGGGUCCUCCAAUAUGGUACCAUGUGUGACUAAAAUUGUGAAUGCCAAGAAGGGAUCUUCUGCAUGCAGUAAUAAUGCAGCCUUUUCUGGAAGUAUUUUGCCAACAUCCUCAAAUGCGAAGCCAAGCGUGGUUGCUUCUGGUAAAGUUGCUUCUUUCUCAAGAAGUGAUGAAAUUCUCUCUAGGAUUACUGCCCCUCCUGCCCCAUGCAGCAUGGAUAUUUGCCCAAUUGAAUCGGAUGGAUCUUCAGUUUCCUUGGAUGAAACUAUGUCUACUUGUGAUUCGUUAAAGAGUCCGGAAGUUGAAUAUAUAGACAACAAUGAUGUUGCAGCAAUUAAUUCCAUUGAGAGGAAGACAUGUAGCAAACUCUUCAUUUCAGAGCAUGAUGAGCCAUCAGGAAACAUCUGCAAGAGAGAGAUCCUUGGGGACAUGGAAGCAACUGAUAAGAUUGUUGAUAUUGAUGGAAAUUUAGUGGACCCUCAAUUAUGCGCAACCAUGGCUUGCGACAUUUACAAGCACUUGCGAGCAUCUGAGGCAAGGAAAAGGCCUUCCACGGACUUCAUGGAGAGGGUCCAGAAAGACAUCAAUGCUAGCAUGCGUUCUAUACUUAUUGACUGGCUUGUGGAGGUUUCUGAAGAGUACAGGCUGGUCCCUGAUACCUUGUAUUUGACUAUAAACUACAUAGAUAGGUAUCUUUCUGGCAAUGUGGUGGAUAGGCAGAGGUUACAAUUGCUUGGUGUUGCAUGCAUGAUGAUAGCAGCAAAAUAUGAGGAGAUUUGUGCACCCCAGGUGGAAGAGUUUUGUUACAUAACUGAUAACACGUACUUCAAGGAGGAGGUUUUGCAAAUGGAAUCUUCUGUUCUAAAUUACUUGAAGUUUGAAAUGACAGCCCCUACAGCAAAAUGUUUCUUGAGGCGAUUUGUUCGUGCUGCUCAAGGGGUCAAUGAGGCUCCAUCGUUCCUGCUGGAGUGCUUAGCGAACUACCUUGCAGAGUUAUCUCUUCUGGAAUACAAUAUGCUUUGUUAUGCUCCAUCACUUAUUGCUGCUUCAGCAAUUUUCUUGGCCAAUUAUAUGCUAAAUCCUUCAAAGAGACCUUGGAAUUUUACUUUGCGGCACUACACACAGUACGAGCCCUCUGAUUUAUGUGACUGUGUGAAGGCGCUGCAUAGCCUUCGCUGUAACAACUACAAUUCCAGUUUGCCUGCAGUCAGGGAGAAAUACAGUCAGCAUAAAUAUAAAUUUGUGGCAAAGAAGUACUGCCCUCCUACAAUACCACCGGAGUUUUUCUACAACCUAAGCAGCUAGCUGAUGGUCAUGUUACUGUUCCAAUACUUCGUUGGAUGGGCUUCAGGCGCACUUCAUCUGCCGUUUACUGCUUGAUUUCAUUGAGGCAAAGGAAAUUGAUUUCCACUCUUGAUGUUCUUCUAAACAUUCAUGUUAGUUGUGUGUUCGCUGUUGGGGUCCUCGGCUGGUUUCUCAUCCUUCUGAUUUGCUGAAUGUGAGCUCCCCAGGAUGACAAUCUUGUACUAAUGUUCUCUAGUUCAGGUUUCCUUUCUUACUCCAAUUUGUGUAUGAAUGACUUUCUCAAUGUAUUCAGAAUUUUGUUUCCUUUCCUUUUUCUUUUCCCUUCUCUUAUUAAUUCCCUUUGGUCUUGAUGUUAAAAAUGAAAUUCAUGUUAUGAUGAUACACAUGCCUGUGUCAAGUGUGAAUUAGGAUGGUGCUGGAGGAAAUGAUUUUAUUUAUUUAUUUAUUUAUUUUUU